AAUAACACUCUGGUCAUCAAUAUUACCCCAUCUCCUACCGACAUUCAUAAACCUUCUUAAACCCGUUACCAUGGAUGCUAUUGCUCACUCUCCUUGCAAAGUCGAGGCGGAAGCUCUCCAAGAUGAACUGAAACGUACCCGAAAAGAGAAUGAAACUCUUAAGGUUAUGCUUGAAGUUAUGGGCAGUAAGGUCAGUGCCCUUCAAGCAAGUGUUCAAGAAAUUGGUAGCAACUCACCUCUGAGUAGUAGCGUCUCAUACUAUGAGGUCUAUGGCUCAAUCAAGAAACCAAGGAUUGAGAUUCCCAUGGUCAAGCCUUCACAAAUUUUUGUCAGAACCGACUCCAAUGACAAGAGCCUAAUUGUAAAAGAUGGAUAUCAAUGGAGAAAGUAUGGCCAGAAGGUCACUAAAGAUAAUCCAUCGCCUAGAGCUUACUUCAGGUGUUCCAUGGCUCCAGGUUGCCCCGUCAAAAAGAAGGUUCAAAGAUGUGCCGAGGAUAAGUCAAUUCUGGUUGCUACUUAUGAAGGGAAGCACAACCAUGAUCCCUUUGGAUCUCCUGGUCACUCUAUAUACUCUCCGGAUAGCUCAUCAAGAAGCUCCAGAAGUAGCAUUAUUUCUUUCCCAGUCAACAGUAAUCCUUCUCAACCAGGUGUAGCUCUUGAUCUUGCCCUCUCAAGUCCCACACAUGACAAGGAAAAACCUUGUCAAAGUUUAAUGGAAGAUCACACCAGCAACAAAAACUGUAACACUAAGGCUGAAGAGUACUUGGCAUCCCUGACUAAAGAUCCAAGCUUCACAGUUGCUUUGGCUGCAGCUGUAGCUCGCUCUUUAUCUACACCAAGAGUACUGUGAAGGGUCUCCACUUCAAGUGUAAAGGGAAUUGAUAAUUAGUUAGCUUCUAUUACUUCUUCUUCUUCUUCUUCUUCUUCUUGUUAUUCUCUAGUUUUGAUUCUUAUGCUUCAGUUGUAUGUGAAUCAUGAAUCCAUUCCUCCACUACGUUUUUUAGGAUUACAA